GCAGAAACACACACACACACACACACGGUACCGAGGAGUGCUCGCGCGCCCUGAGACAGGAUGCUCGUACCGGAGUCACGGCACGCGCUGAGCUAACGGAUCUUGAAACACACGAGGAUAUAAAGCCCGCAAAACCCGCGCAGCAUCCGCGAGCUCGCGCUUUGCCGUCGCCGGCUGGCUGGCAAUGUCGCGCGCGCUUUUGUCCUUGACUUCGAGCGCUCGCGAGCUCACCACCGUCCCGCUAAUCCGGUGAUCCGGCGCGCACGGUUCUGAAGAUUCUGCAACGCGCGUGCACGUGGAGCACCGAAAAACAACGCGAGCUUUUCCAUCACGCUGUAGCGGAGACGAGCACGCGCUGAACGGCCCUCGCUCGCUCCCUUCCCCCUCCCCGACUUCCCUUUAAACCGAGCACACAGUCGGCUGAGUAACGGUACCGAGAUGCCGUACCGCGUGACACGGAGGAGGCGAUGAGAGAGCGCGCGCGGCCCGCGGAAACCGCACUGAAACCGCCGUGAAGAUGCCGCGGAACCUGCGGAGGCUCAUGCACCUGGUGCUCUUCUGCCCGCUCUCCAAGGGCCUGCAGUCCCGUCUGCCUGCAGUGAAGGUGAAGUACCUGGUGGUGGUGUGGUUGGGCGUGUUGGUGGCCAGCUGGGUCAUCUACGUGCAGUACUCCUCCUACUCCGAGCUCUGCAGAGGCCAUGUCUGCACCAUGCUCAUCUGUGAGCACUACCGGAGGGGGAUCAUCUCUGGCUCCGUCUGUAAAUCUCUGUGCGAGGAGAAAACUCUCACUCUGCAGCGCUGCCUCUCAACGUCACCUGCGCACCAGGUGUACAGCGCUGUGUGGAAGGAGAAAGCUGUAAUAGUGAAGUGCGGGAUCGAGGACGCUCUGAGAGGAGACGGUGGUCCCAACUCUCUCCCGAAGCGCGACGCCAGCCUGUACGACAAACCCACCCGCGGCACCUCCAUGGACGAGUUCAGAGAGAUGCUGCACUCUUUCCUCAAGGACAGUCUGGGAGAGCAGCCAUCUCUGGGCUCGCUGGUGUCCCGAGUGGUCUCUCUGGCUGAUGUCAACUCAGACAGUAAAGUCUCCCUGGCUGAGGCCAAGUCCGUCUGGGCCCUGUUGCAGAUUGAUGAGUUUGUGCCGAUGCUGGCGCUGCAGGAUAAAGAGCACGCCCCCCGGCUGCUAGGCUUCUGCGGCCAUCUGUAUGCCACGGAGCAUGUGGCCAACAGUGCCCUCUUUAGGCUAGAUGUCCCGCCCUGGCUGCAGCCUCUAGUCCCCGAGGCUCUAAGCGGCGCCCUGAACCGCUGGCUGGCUCCAGCCUGGCCCCGGCGGGCUAGGAUCACCAUUGGCCUGCUGGAGUUUGUGGAGGAAGUCUUCCACGGUGCCUACGGGAGUUUCUACAUGUGCGAUGCGAGCCCCAGCCGUGUCGGCUACAACGCUAAUUACGAUUGCAAGAUAGCUGACCUUGGCAGUGUGGCAUCCGAGGCUGCGGUUCGAGCAUUCCUUCGUGGCCGAACCUGCCAGACAAAUGCUGACUGCACGUUCGGGCGCGACUGCACAGCGACCUGCGACCGGCUUGCCAAGCAGUGCAACACGGAGGUGGUACAGCCCAAUCUGGCCAAGGUGUGCGCCCUCCUGAGGGACUUCUUGCUGUUCGGGGCACCGGCUGACCUGCUGGAUGACUUGGACAGGCAGCUGCGCACCUGUGUGACCCUCAGUGGCCUGGCCUCGCAGAUGGAGGUGCACCACUCACUCGUGCUCAACAACCUCAAGACACUGCUGUGGAAGAAGAUCUCUGACACCAAGUACUCUUGAGAGGGAGAGCGAUGGAUAGAGGGAGGGAGAGUAUGGCAGGCCGAAGGGCUCAGGAAGUUCUCUGAUAGGAAUGCAUGGGACAUACAGAGUGGCCUGUGAUGGCGUCUUUCACCAAGUAGUCCUGAUAAAAAGAGAAAGGGUAUGGCAGGCUGAGAGGCUCAGGGAUUCACUAAUAGGAAUACAAAACAAUUGCUGUGAGGGGCAGGCAGAACUAAAAGGGGGAUUUUGUUGUAUCGUUGCUGUCGUAAGAAAAUCUAAUAUCUCUGUAACCCUACAGAACCUGCAGUAACCCUACAGGACUGCAAACUUUAUUGCGACUCCAAAAGUCCAACCUGGCCAGUGUGGUAGUUUUAGAAAUCUUGUUUUUUAAAUUUUCAGUUGGUCCAUUCAUAACAAUGUAAAGGGCAGCUUUCAAAAGUGAACACAAAAAAGUGGAGAUUUUCUCAAGGCAGCAAUGGCAAGGUGGCCUGUGAGGGUCAUGCAGAAUUGAAAGGCGGUUGGUUGCUUUGUUAUUUGAACCCCAAGCAGGAAGAUACAGAAAAGCCCACUCUUUCUGUACUCUUCUUUUAGCCUGGAGGCGAGGACGAACAUGGCAGUCCACUCAUUACUCACCCCUGCAAUGACGCAGUGCACUUUAGAAAAGCUCCUUCACAGACUGGACUCUCUGACACUAUAGGUCACGUCAAAAGCAAGUUCCUACACUCACCCAGAAACACAAAGGACAGCAUCCCACGAGAGACCAACCCACGUUAAUGACCUUCUCUGAAACUACUUUGAAACAGUUGUAGGAGGUCCUGGGUGAAAAACGUCAGUCCAGGAUUGCCCAAAACUUUCCAGAUGCUUUUCUAUUAUCAGAUACACUUGAGCCAGAUAAUCCAAGGCUGGACUUGUCUGCAGCAGGUUGGUGUUUUGAGGGCUGGAAUAAAACAGAAAACAUUGGUUGGGGUUCCUCAAGGGUCCAUAUUAGGGCACUUGUUUUUUUGUUUGAAUCUAACCUAAAGAGGCAAAUGCUGGACUUAUGUGUGUGAACGUAUGAGAAGUUAUUAGCGGGAAAUCAUGAUCUGUAGUUUUUCCACAGUUUUUGCUUUGAGGUUUUGUGUUCAAAGGGGAAUUCCACCAAUUUUCCAAAAUUUCUGCAUAAAUAAACCUUUGCCAUGUACUUCAAAGUAGUUUGGUGUGAAAAGGUUUCAUUGUAGAGAUUUCUUUACAGUGGUGGUGAUAGAAACCAGGGGUGGCCAUGUCCAUAACUAUAAAAAAUUGACAUUUUAUUCACAGUAAACCUGCACGUGUCUUCUGAAUUUUUAUGUGUAAUGUUGAUGAUGGUAAAAUAAAUAUGAAAAAAUGAAGUUUUCUUUGCUCUAAGAUCUGGUGAAUCUCUUCACCAUGAGUGAAUUAAAAAAUUUAUUGUUUUAGGCCAAAAUUUGUUUUAGGCUCAAAACCAUUUCAUAUAAUAAAUUUAUGUAAGGGAGCUUUUAGAGGUGGACGUCUGGUUCCUGUCACCACCACUGUGAACAAUUCUGACUCUCUGCAAAAGAGCAUUUCACACCAAACCACUCUAAAUGACAUCUUCCUUAAAUUAUGCAGAAAUUUUGAAAAAUCAGUGCAAUUCCGUUUCAUUUUAACAGCAUUAAAGUGUCUAAAAAUGAAUGUGUAAGAUGAGUGUAAAGUUACUGCUGUGAUAAUUGAGACGGCGCUCUUUUCUCCAUCUUCUAUUCCUAAUUGUUUAUUUUAACAUGCCGUCCUUUCUCAGAGCUUCUGUGAGAGUGAGUAGUUUACCCAUGUAAACACUACGUGUUCACCCCGAGUGAAGAAAUAUGACGUCAUAGCAACCAAUCAGGGAAGUCCGUAUUAGCUGGUGUGAGAGAAUGGCGACUGUAUGUGUGUUUUUAUUUAAAUUUUGUGUUGAGAACACCUGAUAAUAUGUGAGUGACCGUACCAUGGAGUUCCAUACACCACACAUUCUCAGAUCUCCCCAUGUCGCAUGGCCUCUGUAAAGGUUCUUUUACCUCGAGGAACAUUCUAAUUAACCUCUGACGUGGAGCACAGCAUUCCCCUGAAGAACUGUGUUUCAGUUCAGAGACCUGUACAAGGUGCUUAAAGGAAUAGUUCUGUGAAAAGUCUAAUCUCCAUCAUGUCCCCCUCACCCAAAUGUAGCUGAUCAGCCAAGACAUGUUUACUUCAGGACUUCGUUUAAAAUGUCCUCGCCCACUUUGACUCACCGCUCGGAUGGUACACAAAUGGUCACUCGCUGGAGGAGGAGCUAGGCUAGCAUCAAUGUGCUAAUCGGCUAGCCAUGCAAAACCUAUUUUUUUUAGAAGUUUGAGCAUAACACAUAAAAUUUGUGAAUAAUUGCUUUGACUAUAAAUCUGGAGACUUUCUUUUUGUUGUUUUUAGCCAUGUAGCCUUAAUCAUGCUAACAACAACCUAGCCAGCAAAGUGAUGAAGUUUUAUCAAUAGCUUUGCAACCUAAAUCCCAGCAAACUGAAUGUUGUGGUUCCGAAAUGUGAAGCAUUUUAAAGUAGUUCACUGUAUACAAACAGCUUUAUCUGACACUGUUUUCAGGUUUGAAAGGGGACGUCCAUCAGAUUUCAAUGAUUUCUGGGUAAGUUCUGGUGCUGAAGUCAACACAUCUAUUCACUCGGCCCCUCACCCCCUCAGAGCUCAUCUAAGAAACUUCACCUGAGCUAAUAAAGUAACAGAACGGUGUCGGAGAGAUUCCCCCAAGGCUAAGUGGAUCAGGGCUUAAAACCUGUGUUGAAACAGGUGGCUAGUUUUGUGGGGCCAGACAUGAUCUCAUAAUGAAGAAUACACAUCGGUUGACCACUUGAAAUUUUGGUACUCAAUUGCGGCUAAAUCCGCUGCUAACAAAUGUUGCCCCCUCAGAAAAGUUGCCAAUAACAAGCAAAACAAGCUAGCUAGCAAAUGAAACGAUGAAACAAUUUUUCUGUGUACUAUUUGCUGUCUGUUUUGAGCUCCGGUAACUUAUGCUACAUACGUGUGCUAACGAUAGGCUUGUUGUCUGCCAAUGUUGAUGAGCGCACUUGCGCCCCCUACUAUGAUCUCCACCUAUCACUUAAUAAGUCUAUGUUCCCCCACAUUUAGCCCAAAAUUUCUCGUGGUUGUUCCCGCAAGACUACAGUAAGGCCCAGUCACUUUAAGACUAACGUGCUAAAGCACAUCACAGUGAGCAUAUUCACAGACUUCCACAGCGAAUUUUCACAUUCUACUUCAGUGAAUAGUGAAUUCUGACACACCUUGACCUGCUUUGCCUGCUCUGAUCUCUGUAAUGGCAGAGCUUCAUUAGCAUCUCUGGAGAUCCAAAAUGGAGAAAAUGCAAAUGUUAGCAGAGGCUGAGCAUGAAUAUUUCUUCUUCUCUGGCUGUAAACAAACACAGCAGAGAGGCAGCUGUACAUACAAUCAGUUUGGAGGCUGUGUUAGAUGGCAUAACUAUAUAUUCUUUUGUGUUUAUUUUACGGUAGCCAGCUUGCUAGCUGCUAGGUUAGCUGCUUGACUAGGUACUGCUGCCAGUCAUGCUAGUUAUCUACACUUUUUUGCCACUCUGUAAAGCAGUCUGCUCUCAUGACUGUAUAAUUAUAAGGUAAAAUCAUGUUCACUGUUUAGUGUUUUUGGUUGGCAGGUUAGCUAUCUUGCUAACUGCACCGAAAUUGAGGGUCUCUUUCGGCCAGCAAUUUCUACUUUAGUUUUGCCCUGGAGCUACGAAGCUAAUGCAGUUAACGAGUAAUGGAAGUCUAUAUAGCAUCAUUUAGCGUAAUACGCUCGCCUCAAACCAUGUUGGGUUGUUAAGUAAUAUCAAAUAAAUUUGCAUAUUAGGUUUCAUGACUUGACACAAUUUUCUCUAUAAGAUUGGAUUAAAGGGUGUCGACUAUUAGCCUCGUAGCUCCAGUGCAAAACUAAGGAAGCAAACAUAAGACAUUAAACAUGUCUUGGCUGAUGAACACACCGGGAGUAAAAGGGAAAAUUGUGUAUAUUUAUCAUCUAGCUCUUCCUUUAAUAACACGUUCUAAUGCCUUGUUCAUACUAAGGUACCUAAUGUGAGCUCUUGUUAUCUGAAUACGUUCAGCUCCCCAUUCUUGGGGACUGCGGCUUUACCUUGGAGGGUACCACACUGCUGAAAAGCAUGCUUUUGUGUUCCUUUUGUUUCACCAUAGAGAGCAGCACUAUUCAUCGUUGUACCCCAAAUGAGCCACAUUGACCUCCAUGUCCCCCACUCAUCCUCUAUCAGGAGCCUCCAUCGCUCUGUUAGGAAUAAACUAUCUGAACUGGA